GGAAUAGGGUUACUUCGUGCAGAUGAAGCAGCAGUGCAGUGUCUGCCACCGCUUUCUGUCGCCAUCUGACUUUGGGAAGGCAUGGACGGGUACCGACGGCUCGAUCUGCCGACGCUGCAGCCGGGUUAUGACCUGCCGCUCGUGCCAUGAGUGGCUCCCUCUGUCCCAAUUCGCUAGUAAAGAGCGCGCCAGAAGAAGCCCGCAGUGUGUUGCGUGCCACGAUAGCGUCGAAAGUCGUGGCGGCACGGAGGACCUCGACUUGAGUCUGCGGACCCACCUGCGGCAUCGGUUUGCUGCGGCGUGUGCGUUGGGUCAGCAUGGGGUGGCCAAGGGAAAGGAGAUCCCUACGCUGCCCAAAGAGGUCGUAGACAAGGUGACAUGAGAAGCUGUUUGUGCUGCAGGUGUUGGUCUCUCACUACUGGUGUUGCUGUGUGUUUUCGUUCAGGUGGUUGGUUUUGUGUAUACGCCCUGGAUCAUCGAGUGCCUCGAUUGGAUCCACUGUAAGUGAACACACACCUCACACCGUGGGGCCCGGCCAGACAUCCCUCGGACCGUCGUUUUGCUCUUUCCUUCAGGUACCCUGUGCAGCGACCAGUUCACCAUCCACCAGACCUCCCUGGCUGACCACUUGGCGUCUAAGAAGCACACAGACCUGCUCGCGGCCGUGGCGAGCGGCAGCAAGGUGCCCAUAUGGCGGUGCUCUGCCGACCUCAUGAGGCGGUUGCGAGAUGGGCUGGGGCUGACGGGGCGCUUCUGCGGGCCUGACCAGGUAGAAACCGCCCUGGCGCUGAGGUCGGUAGCUGCCACCAGGAUCCCCAGGCACUUCUUCCCCAAUGGUGAGUACGAGAGAUACACCACACCACACCGACGAACCGCAACACGCUCGUGUGUACUCAUGAGAUGUGGCGUCUUGUGUGCUGUGUUGUGUGAGUGCAGCUGCACGGCGGAAGGAUUGGUGCACGGCCGAGCAGUACGCCGUGGCGUUGAGCGCCUUUGAGACGUCAAAGGAGGCCAAGGCGCGGCGGGCGAUGGAGGAGAAGGGAUCAGUUAAGACGAGACGGUGGCAGCGGGAGCAGCAGUGAUGGGGGGAUAGAUGAGAUGAGUGGCAGGUAGCGAGGGAGAUGGAGAUGGGGGCUCUGAAGGGGCUGUCCGUGUCACUGACACACAUGGGUGAACACUGGCUUUGGUAGUGCUGUCGAGUACGUGUCUUGCC